GCCAAUUCUUUUUCUUUUGCUUUCUUUCUCCAAAUUCAUCCCAAUUUCUCUCCUAAUUUUAGGUCGUGAUUAUCAUUUUUCUUCCAGAACCUCGAUCUGAAGCACAACAGAGAAGUACUAAACAAUUUGGAGUGAGAGAGAGACGCAGAAAAGGAAAGUUUGGUAGUAAUGGGGAAGGAGCAAGUUCAGGUGCUAAAUGCCCUGGACGUGGCAAAAACACAAUGGUAUCAUUUCACCGCAAUCAUCGUUGCUGGAAUGGGCUUCUUCACUGAUGCCUAUGACCUGUUCUGCAUAUCACUUGUGACAAAGCUUCUAGGGCGCAUAUACUACCACGUUGAUGGGGCAGAAAAGCCUGGUUCAUUGCCUCCCAAUGUGUCAGCUGCUGUUAACGGUGUAGCUUUUGUUGGAACAUUUUCUGGCCAACUCUUCUUUGGUUGGCUCGGUGACAAAAUGGGACGAAAAAAGGUGUAUGGCAUGACACUCAUGCUCAUGGUGUUAGCUUCCAUUGCUUCAGGUCUUUCAUUCGGACAUGAUCCAAAGACUGUGAUGACAACUCUUUGCUUCUUCCGCUUCUGGCUUGGCUUUGGUAUUGGUGGAGACUAUCCACUUUCAGCAACCAUAAUGUCUGAGUAUGCUAAUAAGAAGACACGUGGUGCCUUUAUAGCAGCAGUGUUUGCCAUGCAAGGGUUUGGAAUUUUGGCAGGAGGUGUGUUUGCAAUUGUAAUAUCAUCUGUGUUCAAGACCAAGUUUAGUGCUCCACCCUAUGAGGUUGAUCCAUUGGGGUCAACUGUUCCACAAGCAGACUAUGUUUGGAGGAUAAUUCUGAUGGCAGGAGCACUUCCUGCUGCAUUGACUUACUAUUGGAGAUUGAAGAUGCCAGAAACUGCUCGCUACACUGCCUUGGUUGCCAAGAAUAUGGAGCAGGCUGCAGCAGAUAUGUCUAAGGUUAUGCAGGUGGAGAUUCAAGCUGAGCCAAAAACUGAGGAGAAAGCACAAGGCCAAUCGUAUGGAUUGUUAUCAAAGGAGUUUCUUACUCGUCAUGGACUGCACCUGCUUGGAACAACUAGCACCUGGUUCUUGCUUGACAUUGCAUUCUACAGCCAAAAUCUGUUCCAAAAGGAUAUCUUCAGUGCAAUUGGUUGGAUCCCUUCUGCAAAAACCAUGAAUGCUCUUGAGGAGGUUUUCAGAAUUGGAAGGGCUCAAACUCUUAUUGCUCUCUGCAGCACAGUUCCGGGUUACUGGUUUACUGUGGGUUUCAUAGACAGGAUAGGAAGAUUUAACAUUCAAUUGAUGGGGUUCUUCUUUAUGACUGUCUUUAUGUUUGCUCUUGCCAUCCCCUAUGAUUAUUGGACUCAUAAGGAGAACCGAAUAGGAUUUGUGGUUUUGUACUCUCUCACCUUCUUCUUUGCAAACUUUGGGCCUAAUGCUACCACAUUUGUUGUGCCAGCAGAGAUUUUCCCAGCUAGAUUUAGAUCUACUUGCCAUGGAAUAUCUUCAGCAUCCGGGAAGCUUGGUGCUAUGGUUGGGGCAUUUGGAUUUUUGUAUUUGGCACAGAACCAGGACAAGAGCAAAACAGAUGCAGGGUACCCUGCAGGUAUCGGUGUGAAGAAUUCACUCAUUAUGUUAGGUGUUGUCAACAUUUUAGGCUUCCUCUUUACUUUCUUGGUGCCUGAGGCCAAGGGUAGAUCUUUGGAGGAGAUUUCUGGUGAGAAUGAAGAAGUUCAAACCAAUAGGGCUUAAAAUAGUCGCCACAGCAGUCACAUGGUGGCACCCAGAAAUGUAAUAAUUCAGUGUCUUCUUUGUUUAGGUUAUCAGUCUUGUGUUACUAAAAUAAAGUCGAGUCUUCAUUA